CUUGUAGUUCACAAUUUACUCGUACCUGUCGCUGAAGUCGCAUACACUACGAAGCGAAAAGUGGUGAACAGCUUUAAACGAUAUAUUUUCAAUAGUCUAUUAUUUUCAUUUGAAUGAAAAAUACAUUUCAGUAAAAUAGUAUCAUUAAAAUUUGUUAAAUAAAUAAAUGAUUUAAAUGAGAUUAUAAUUAAGAUCGUAGAAAUUACUAAUACGAAUUAUUAAUUCGAAAAGAAACUAAUCAGGUUGACCAUUUUUUCAUACUGAAGUUAGGUAUAAACUUGUGAUUGUUCAAUUUCGAGAAAAUGAUUUCGAGUUAAUCGUGAACGCAUGUCCUUUCACAUAUUAUAGUUUCUUUUGGCUAAAGCAAAAUAUGAUAUUGUCAAAAUCACGACCUAUGAUCUAAUUUGGGAAAAUUGGUAAAUAUCUGAUGUUAUUUAAUAUUAUAAUUUAGUAAAAUAACUAUUGUAACGUGAAAGAAGGAAUACAGUUGCAUAAAUAUGUCAAAAGAAGAGUAUGUUCAUGGAAAUGGAGAGACUUUAGAUUGCGAGGAAUCACCUGCAAAACAAAAAUUAAGGGGAUGGCUGAAUCGACAUUUGCGAAUUAAAAUGACAGAUGGUAGAGUAUUAACAGGUGCAUUUCUCUGCACCGAUCGAGAUGCUAAUGUAAUUUUGGGAUCAUGUAUAGAAUUUUUAUCUGAAGAUCACACAGAAGCAAGAGCUCUUGGAUUAGUAAUGGUACCUGGUCGACACAUUGUGACAAUUCACUUAGAUGUUUGAAUAAUUCUUUUCAAAUUUCAUGUAAAUAAUGCGUUAUUAUCAUUAUUACAAUAAUACAGUAAAAUCAUACCCCAUUA